AACAAGACCCAGAUCCUCCCAUCUCCGAGACUCCUGCAAAUGCGGCUUGGCGAUCUAGGUAUGGAGGAACGAAUGAGAAAAACCAAGACUCGAAGAAGAAAUAUGUGAAAAAAGACAACAACAACAACAACAACAAAAAGAGUGAAAUUUUCGAACAAGGAAAUCAAACGAAUAGAGAGAAAUGUCGGUAGCACACGCAGACGACGCCGACGAUUACAGCCGACCAACGGGAGAGAGUUACCACGCGGAGAAAGCAUUGCCGAGUGGAGAUUUCUACACAGGACAAUGGCGAGACAACCUCCCACACGGACAUGGCAAAUACCUCUGGACCGAUGGUUGUAUGUAUGUCGGAGAUUGGCACAGAGGCAAAACCAUGGGCAAAGGUCGUUUCAGUUGGCCCAGUGGUGCCACCUACGAAGGCGAUUUCAAAAACGGUUACAUGGACGGCAAAGGUACUUACAUCGAUUCCUCUGGAGACUUGUAUAGAGGAUCAUGGGUUAUGAAUCUAAGACACGGGCAAGGCACGAAAAGCUACGUCAACGGAGAUUGCUACGACGGAGAAUGGAGGAGAGGUUUACAAGAAGGACACGGGAGGUACCAAUGGAAGAACGAGAAUCAUUACAUCGGUCAAUGGAAGAACGGGACGAUGAACGGUAACGGGACCAUGAUCUGGAGCAACGGAAACCGUUACGACGGAUCUUGGGAAGACGGAGCUCCUAAAGGCAACGGAACUUUCCGAUGGUCGGAUGGGAGUUUCUACGUCGGAGUUUGGAGCAAAGAUCCUAAAGAACAGAACGGGACUUAUUACCCUUCGACGUCUUCAGGGAAUUUCGAUUGGCAACCACAACAAGUGUUCUAUGUUGAUUUGAGUGAAUGCGUGGUUGCUACUUGUCAGAGAAUCCCGGUUUUGCCUUCUCAGAAGAUGCCGGUUUGGUACGGUUCUUCCGAGCAGAGUAGUAGUGGGAACAGGACCAAGAACAGCGGCAAUGAGAGGCCGAGGAGGAGAUCUGUUGACGGAAGAGUUAGUAAUGGUGAAAUGGAAUUGAGAACUAAUGGUUCUGGUUAUCUUCAGUUAGAUGAUAAUAUUGCAGAGAGUAACAGAUCAUCAUUAGGGCCUUUGAGAAUACAGCCUGCUAAGAAACAAGGACAGACUAUCUCUAAAGGACAUAAGAAUUAUGAGCUCAUGCUUAACUUGCAGCUCGGCAUUAGACAUUCUGUUGGAAGACCAGCACCGGCUACAUCUCUUGAUUUGAAGGCUUCGGCUUUUGAUCCAAAGGAAAAACUUUGGACGAAAUUUCCAUCUGAAGGAUCUAAAUACACUCCUCCACACCAGUCUUGUGAGUUUAAAUGGAAGGAUUAUUGUCCUGUGGUUUUCAGGACUCUGCGGAAACUGUUCAAUGUGGAUGCAGCAGAUUAUAUGUUAUCCAUCUGUGGAAACGAUGCUCUUAGGGAGCUAUCAUCUCCAGGGAAAAGUGGAAGCUUUUUCUACUUGACCAACGAUGACCGUUACAUGAUCAAGACGAUGAAGAAGGCAGAAACAAAAGUUCUUAUAAGGAUGCUUCCAGCUUACUACAAUCAUGUAAGGGCAUGUGAACACACUCUUGUUACCAAAUUUUUCGGUCUUCACUGCGUGAAAUUGACUGGCACUGCACAGAAAAAGGUUCGGUUUGUGAUCAUGGGGAAUCUAUUCUGUACUGGUUACUCCAUCCAUAGGCGGUUUGACCUGAAAGGAUCCUCUCAUGGCCGUCUUACCACUAAACCAGAGUCUGAAAUCGAUCCAAACACAACGCUUAAAGAUCUUGAUCUUAACUUCGUAUUCCGAUUGCAGAAGAACUGGUUCCAAGAAUUCUGCAGGCAAGUGGACAGAGACUGUGAAUUCCUUGAACAAGAGAGAAUCAUGGAUUAUAGUCUCUUAGUUGGUCUUCACUUUCGAGAAGCUACAUUCAAGGAUUCUGCUACUCCUCCUUCCGGUGCUCGAACCCCAACAGGAAAUUCUGAUAGUGGAAACACUCGUCUCUCCCGAGCAGAAAUGGACCGGUUUCUUCUUGAUGCCAGCAAGUUAGCAUCCAUGAAACUGGGUAUAAACAUGCCUGCAAGAGUUGAAAGAACAGUGAGAAGAAGUGACUGUGAGAAUCAGCUUGUUGGGGAACCAACUGGUGAAUUUUACGAUGUGAUUCUCUUCUUUGGUGUCAUAGACAUUCUACAAGACUAUGAUAUAAGCAAGAAGCUUGAACAUGCAUACAAAUCAAUGCAGUAUGAUCCAACCUCGAUCUCAGCCGUUGAUCCAAAGCAAUACUCUCGACGUUUUAGGGAUUUCAUCUUCAGGAUCUUCGUUGAAGACACUUGAGACCAAAUCCAUCUAACUUGCCACGCCCAAGGCCCAACAAAAGUUGAGGUUUUUUGUUAGAGUUUUCGUUCCACAUAUAGAAGUAUUUGUAAAUUUUACUAUUUAACUAAAAUCUUUUCAAGUAGAGAAAAAAUUAUUCUUUUGUAACUAAAGUUCAAUAC